CGGCGGUGUGGGUCGGGACAGGGACAGGGGACACCUCGCUGGGCUCCCUGGGCUCCCGGGACAGGUGUUCCGCAGCCCUGCCUCCUCGGGGCCUGAGGCCGUGGUCGGGGGUGGGCAGCAGGGCCGAGGCAAGGCGGGCACGCAGGGAACUAGGCUUUUCAAGCCCUUCGACCAAAGGAAGCUGUGGCAUCUAGCAUCGCGGCACAGGAAAACGAAAGACUUUGGACAUCGCCAGGAAUUUGACUGUGAGCUGGUUUCCAAGAGGCUAAGUUAAGCUUCUCCAAGUGGAUAUUAAAAAGGAGCAGCGGGCCUGGCGGAGGGGCUGGAGGGGGUGGAGAGAGGCCGCCGGAAGCCGCUCGCCCGCCCGCCGCACCUCCGGAGCCACCAGCGCACAGAGUCCGGCCGGGACCCCGGGGCUGCGGGAGGCUCGGCGCCCACGUCCGGCCCCCGCCCCGCCUCCUCCAGGAUUUCUCUGCCUCAGUCCCUUCUCCCUCCCGAGCCAAAGAGACAAUGCUACUUCAGUUUGGAGCACGAACAUAUGAUCAGCACAUGGAAAUGUGGUAAUUUGGAUGCAUUCGUGAUUGCAACAGAUUGAAGAAAUUAGACCAGACAAAGAGUGUUUUUGGAGGAGGAGGAGGAGGAGGCAGAGAGAGGGAGGGCGUCGGGGGUGAGAAGGGGAGGAAGCCUCUGGAAAGGGGGACUCCAGGAUCCCGCCUGCUGCUAAAUAGACCCGUAGUAAUGGAGAGAGACCGGAUCACAGCCCUGAAAAGAUCUUUUGAGGUCGAGGAGGCCGAGACACCCAACUCCACCCCGACCCGGAGGCUCCCGACCCCCCUGCUCCGGGCCACCGUGGCCAGCUCCACGCAGAAGUUCCAGGACCUGGGCGUGAAGAGCGCCGAGCCGGCGGCCCGCCAUGUAGACUCCCUCAGCCAGCGAUCCCCCAAAGCCGCCCUGCGGAGGGUCGAGCUUUCGGGGCCCAAGGCCGAGCCCGUGUCCCGGCGCACCGAGAUCUCCAUCGACAUCUCAUCCAAGCAGGUGGAGAACGCCAGCGCUUCGGGGCCGUCCCGGUUCGGGCUCAAGCGAGCCGAGGCGCUGGGCCACAAGACGCCGGAGCCCGCCCCCCGGAGGACGGAGAUCACCAUAGUCAAGCCCCAGGAGGCAGCCCACCGGAGGAUGGAGACCCCCGCCUCCAAGAUCCCUGAGGUGCCCGCUGCCCCCGCCUCGGACGCAGCCUCCAAGAGGGUCGAGAUCCAGGUGCCCAAGCCGGCCGAGGUGCCCGCCUCCCCCGUCCCCCCCCAGACCCUGGAGAAUUCGGAACACGCCCCGGUGUCUGAGCUGCAGAGCAGGCUGGAGCCCAAGCCCCAGCCCCCGGCGGCCGACGCCCCACCCAGGAGCCGGGAGGCCCAGGAGGCAGCUCCCAGCUGCAUUGGCGACAUGGCAGACACCCCCAGAGACGCCGGGCCGAAGCAGGUGCCCGCUCCCCGGAACGAGAAGGCCCCCGCAGACUUCGGCUAUGUGGGGAUCGACUCCAUCCUGGAGCAGAUGCGCAGGAAGGCCAUGAAACAAGGCUUCGAGUUCAACAUCAUGGUGGUCGGGCAGAGCGGCUUGGGAAAGUCCACCUUAAUCAACACGCUCUUCAAAUCCAAAAUCAGCCGGAAGUCUGUGCAGCCCACCUCGGAGGAACGCAUCCCCAAGACCAUUGAGAUCAAGUCCAUCACGCACGAUAUCGAGGAGAAGGGCGUCCGCAUGAAGCUGACGGUCAUCGACACGCCGGGGUUCGGGGACCACAUCAACAAUGAGAACUGCUGGCAGCCUAUCAUGAAGUUCAUCAACGACCAGUACGAGAAGUACCUGCAGGAGGAGGUUAACAUCAACCGGAAGAAGCGGAUCCCAGACACCCGUGUCCACUGCUGCCUGUACUUCAUCCCUGCCACCGGCCACUCCCUCAGGCCCCUGGACAUUGAGUUCAUGAAGCGCCUCAGCAAAGUAGUCAACAUUGUCCCCGUCAUUGCCAAGGCUGACACGCUGACCCUGGAGGAGAGGGUCUACUUCAAACAGCGGAUCACCGCGGACCUGCUGUCCAACGGCAUCGACGUGUACCCCCAGAAGGAGUUCGACGAGGAUUCCGAAGACCGGAUGGUGAAUGAGAAGUUCCGGGAGAUGAUCCCGUUUGCGGUGGUGGGCAGUGACCACGAGUAUCAGGUGAACGGGAAGAGGAUCCUCGGAAGGAAAACCAAGUGGGGCACCAUCGAAGUUGAGAACACCACCCACUGUGAGUUUGCCUACCUGCGGGACCUCCUUAUCAGGACGCACAUGCAGAACAUCAAGGACAUCACCAGUACCAUCCACUUCGAAGCCUAUCGGGUGAAGCGGCUGCACGAGGGCAGCAACGCCAUGUCCAACGGCGUCGAGGAGAAAGGGCCGGAAGCCCAGGAGAUGUAGACACGCCCCGCCCCCCGUCACCGCCCCCAGGCCCGCCCACACGCCCCACUUUAUUUUAUAUAAUUUCCUCCAUCCGUCAUCGUUCUCUGCCCCUUUACACUUUGCCAAGUAACAAGGUAACGCGUGCCCUCCCGAGUGGGCUCCUUGUCGGCCGCUGACUGUGGGGCCCGGAGGGGUGGGGCUGCCCCGCGGCCCCGAGGAGCGGGCGAGGCCCCGCCCAUUCACCCCAACCCCCCCACCCCGGGCCUGGCUCCUUGUCGCCCUUGGCCGUGGCGUCCACGCCUGGUGACCAGGAGCCUCUUCCCGCCCCCGCCUCCCUCUGCGGCCCAGGCCGUAACUCAGCCAGCCCCCACCCUUUCCCUUGCCCCACCCAAGGGCAGAAGAGUCACUUCCGCGAGGCCCGGUUGCCAGUUGCGUAGACACCGGGAGGCAGGUUGGUUGCCGCCCCCCCGCCCCCCGCCCAUCCUGGAGCAGAAAGUGCCUUAUCUCAGCCGUGCGUGAGUCAGUGCUCUCUCCCCCACCGUCCCCUGUCCCCUCCACCGCACCUCGGGGCAGGUCGGGGGGAGGCGGAGACGGGUAUCCAUCUCUCCAUCGUCCCUGCCCCCCAGGGUCUGAUCCUUCACAGGAAGGGAAAGGACCUACCCCACUCCAGUGCACCCCACCAUGUCUGAGACAGAGAGGCCCGAGUGGUCCCCAGGCCUUGCCCUGCACCGCCCCGUCUGGCGGGAGAGUGUAUGUGCGUGUGUGUCUUUCUGUUAGACCCCUCUUUGGCCCAAGAGGCUCAGGUUAAAUUCUGCCUGGGUGGUCGCCCCAGAUACACAUUCAGCCCUCCUGACCCAGGCCUUGCCACCGAGGAGCCCAUGGUAAAGAUGCCGCCCCCAAGAGGCCGAGGUCAGGAGUCAGUGCAGAACGGGUUUUCAGGAGAGAGGCUCGGCCAGACCCUGCUGCCCCGGCUCCCUCCCCCUCGGUCUCCGCGGGGCCACCAGCAGGCACCAGCAGGCACCGUCUGCGCCAUGCACAGACCACAUGCACUCCCUCCUGUCACCUGGGGAGCGUGGGGUCCGGCUCAGGUCCGUGAGAUGAGACGCAGGUGAGGGACCCUCGGUCUGAGCCAGGCUGGCUUCUUGUGGCCCAGGAGACAAGCCGUGGGAGGGAGGGGUGUGUGUGUGUGUGUGUGUGUGUGUGUGUGUGUGUGUGUGUGUGUGUGGCAUCGCAUGUCCACUCCCCACCUAAGGCAGGAAGGACCCCUUAGUGAAACCGUUGACUUGCCGACUUGCCGUGUUUUUGCCAAAACCCGAGAUCCAUGAUUAGGAAGGAAACCUCCGCCUUCGGCGUCGGGGCCCCGGGGUGGGGGGCGGCCUUGGGGUGGCUUUCUGCUUUCCUUCCCUGUAGCCAGAUUUUGAAGAAUUGUGUUUCACUGGGCUCUGACCCACAGUGGCCUUCCGCUCUGUGCCUCCUGAGAAAUUCGUCUUUUUGUAUAAAUAACAAAGUGUUGAAAAUGUAUUUCCUGAAAUAAAUGUUCCAAAUGCAGA